AGGGGCAGGCGGGUGGAAAUUCUGCGUGGCCCGGCAGUACCAGCGGGAGAAAGACCAUGAGGGCACCUGCCAGGCGGUGACUGAGCGAGCGGAGGAGCAGGCCAACAUCUAAGCUGGUAUGCGCGCUCUGGGGUUGGCUUCUGGUAGCACCUCGGGGAGCGAAGGCCAAUUCCCCCUUCCCCGCACGUCCCCCCAGAAGCCCACGCCAACAGCGGCCGGCAGCCCGAAGGAAUUGUCCUCCGUCACAUCCCAUCUCCUCCUCCAGGCCCCUCUGCUCCCCGCAGCAGGACCAACGUGGAGCUCCCGCGUCCCCGGUCGCCAUGUCCGAAAGCCGCCGGGCCCCCGGGGCCAAGCCAGCCGCCGUCACCGUCGACUCCAGCGGCGUCCUCAAGGUGACGGUGAAGACCCUCAAGCAGAAGGAGCAGUUUGAGGUGGCCGAGAGCAGCACCGUCCGCGCCUUCAAGGAAGACAUCGCCAAGCGCUUCAAAACGCCCUCUGACCUGCUGGUGCUGAUAUUUGCUGGGAAGAUCCUCAAGGAUCAGGAGACGCUGAGCCAGCACGGAGUCCGCAGCGGUUUCAGCAUCCACCUUGUUAUCCGCUCCCCAAAGCGGCCCCAGGACCACGCCGCCCAGGAGCUGGUGGCUCAGAUCAUGGAAAACCUUUUGUUUGAGAUCAUCAGCUCCAACCUGGACCUUAACACCAUCAACAACAACCCCUUCCUCCUGGGCUUCCUCAUCGGGGUGACGGGCAUGAGCGUGCUGGGCCUGGACCCCACGGACAUGUCGGAUUUCACGAGCGAGGCCCAGGAGGCCGAGGUCUCCAUCCAGGACCUGAUGAACGAGGUGACGCAGAACCCCUUGGUGCAGAACCUCCUCAGCAACACGGACCUGGUGCGGGAGGUCCUUCUGUCCAACCCGCAGCUGCAGCAGCUGGCCCAGCAGAGCCCCGAGAUCCAUCACAUCCUCCACAGCCCCGACUUCAUCCGGGAAAUGAUCGAGGUCACCAGCAACCCGGCGACGCUGCAAGAAAUGAUCCGGAAUCACGACCGCGCCUUGAGCAACCUGGAGAGCAUCCCGGGGGGGUACAGCGCCCUGCAGCAGCUGUACAGCGAAUUCGAGGAGCCCAUGAUGAACGCCGUGCAAGCCCAGUUUGACAGCAACACGUUCGCUUCCUUGGAGAAUAACCCACCUUUGAGUAGGGCCGGCCCGCCAGCCCGGACGGAAAACAGAGACCCGUUGCCCAACCCCUGGGCCACGCGGACGCACAGGGCCGGUGACACGGGGAGUAACAGCCCGACUCACGACAGCGCAGGGCAGAACUUUAUCGUCCUGAAUUUUGGGCCCGGGGCAGGCCCUGGGGUUGCUAACCCGGGAGGCGUUCAGAGUCUGGUGCAGCAUCUGACGGGGAACCCAGAGUUCAUGCAGCACAUGGAGAGCGUGUUGUCCAAUCCCACCGGCCCGGCCCAGCUGCUGCUGAAUAAUUCCUGCGUCUCCAGGGGGGGCCGCGCUCGGCCUCGCGACGAACAGGCGCCGCAGCUCCCUCCGGAGCUGGAGAACGCUGACAUCGCGCCCCUGCUGAGCAGCCCGCGAGCCAUGCAGGCUCUGCUGCAGAUCCAGCUGGGCCUGCAGACGCUCUCCACCGAGGUACCGGAUUUUAUCCUCGGCCUGGGCGACCGGGACGUGGAACUGGAGCUGGAGAGCAUGGAAGGGUCUCUGCCCAGCAGCGAGUCCGAGGAGGACGUCAGCCUCGAGUCAGACAAGGAAGACCCCGACGGCCCAGGGGGCAUGGACCAGCCGGCACCAGAAGUCCGAUACGAGACACAAAUGGAGCAGCUCCGGACCAUGGGCUUCCAGGACCGGCAGGCGAACUUACAGGCUCUGAUCGAGACAGACGGGGAAAUCAAUGCGGCCGUGGAGAUGCUAACAAAGUCCGAGCCAUCAAGCGAGAUAUUGUAACGUGUUCAUUUUGCCUGUUGUAAUUGUGGCUUGGUACAGACUAAAAACAGCUUGGUGCAUA